UUUUUUAUGUGCCUCAGGUCGAAAUUAAAGUAUAAUAAUUAUUUUUAGAAGUCACAAGGGCACAGCAGGGUUUCAAAUUAAUCCGUUAUAAAGGCAUAAAUGGGUCUACUGGUACAUCAUCGCCAUCAUCAGCGGCAGUCUUGGCGGCAACACAACAUCAACACCGCCGCCGCUGUCUCCGCCUAGUCUUCCUCCAAGGUCUCAGCCCCACGUGCCCCACCCCGCCCCGCCAUGGACGCCCUGCAGCUCUUCGACUGGAAAAACUCACUCAUGGCGAUAGACGAGCUGGAGAAACUACUGCAGUGCGCCGCGUGUGGCAAGGUGGCGGAGGACCCUCAGCGGCUGGGACGAUGUGAUCACCACUUCUGCCGCGAGUGUGCCGAUGGGCUGGAGAACGGCACGUGUCUGGCCUGCAAGGUGCCGGCCCCCCCGUGUGAGAUGCAGCCCGACCGCAUCAUCAGCGACCUCAAGAUAUCCUGCCGGGACCUGCGCGCGCUCAUAACAGGUGGCAACAGUGGCAGGACAGAGAGUGGGGCAGGGGGACCGGGAGACAGGCAGCACACCCCAGAACGGAAAAACAACAACAAUGAUAAACCCAACAACAACAACAACAACAGCAACAACCAGCAGCAGGGGCCAGGCAGGGGACGGAGCAAGCAGGGACAAGCCAAGGGAACACCAGGAACAGGAGGGAACGGCGAAAACACAAAAUCCGCAGCAAGAAAACCGAGGACUCCUAAAACACCGAAGCCUAGCGUUCAGGGCCGUCCCACCACCACCACCUCCGCCAGUGCUGCCACCACCCCCAGGCCAGAGAAGAGGCCCAAGGGGAGUGCGAUGGCAGCGGGAGAGGUGAAGAAGAUCCCUAGGGUGUCCGUGGCUGAUCUGAGUGUUCUUGGCAUGAGCCCGAGCGCUGCGACCUUGGACAAGAAGAAUGGCAAGGGGGAGACGCUGCUUCACGUGGCCUGCAUCAAGGGAGACCGAGUGAGGGUGAAGCAGCUGCUGUCCGAAGGCGCGAACCCCAACACUAAGGACAACGCUGGGUGGACGCCUCUGCAUGAGGUGUGUAGCCACGGGUUCGAGGACAUCGCUGAGCUGCUGCUGCGUCACGGUGCUGUGGUGGACCCCGUGGGCGGCAGCAAUGCCACUCCGCUGCAUGACGCUGUGACGCAGGGCCAACUGGGACUCAUUAGGCUGCUGCGAGCGUGGGGGGCAAGCGACACUUCCAGGAACCUUCAAGGACACACGCCAAGGUCCCUCGCCAAGCUGUGCCUCGGGGUGGAUGAGAUCAACGCAGCCCUGGACACGCCCCUGGACCCCUCGCUGACCCGCCCCGCCCUGGCCCCGCCGCUGAUGGACAAGAUGACACUCCUGGGCACGGGGCUCACUCGGCAGCAGAUCAAGAAGCUGGAGACACUGGGGAGGAUGCUGAGGGUCAAGGUGGUGGCGGAGUACAGCCCCGAGGUGACGCACGUGGUGACGGAGUGCACGGCGGAGCGACUGGUGGCCACGCGCACCACCAAGUACAUGAUGGGCGUGGUGGCCGGCAAGUGGAUCCUCUCACACACAUGGAUGGACGAGUGCCUGAGGAUGGAGUCGCCGGUGAGUCCUGGGGAGUACGAGGCGCUGGGCUGUGUGUCUGCCCCGCCUGGAGCCCCGGUGCUGGGCAGGGCCAACGCUGAAAAGCUGCGGCCGGGUCUGUUCAGCGGCUGCCACAUAUACCUCUCGGGCAGCUUCCAAGGGUCCAGCGGCAAGAGGGAGCUGGAGGGUCUGGUGAAGGCUGGUGGAGGUACGGUGCUGGCCAGGGAACCCAACCCAGAGGCAAUAGCGGAGGAGGAACGCAAAGUCCCCUUCCACACCCCCACUGACAGCCCCCUCGCCCUCUGCUCCCACUACAUUAUAUACUCCAACACCCCAGCACAGCACCCACAGAUCAAGUAUGACAUGAGCCACAUCAAGUCACUCCCCCUGGCGUGGCUCUAUGGCUGUGUCGACUCCUUCCAGCUGGUGCCUCCGGUGAAGUAGUGCCUUGACGGUGCAGUGAUGGGGGAGGGUGAUUCUUCUGCUGUUGUUGCUGAGGUAUGGAGGGGGGAAGUGUGUGUGUGUGGUUAAAAAAGGUGCUCAAAUUAUGUGUGUGUGUGUGUGUGUGUGUGUGUUUGUAUGUAAGGUAAUAAUUAGUUCCUAUUUUUGGUGUGGUGACACUGCUGCUGUUUGUUGAAGGUUUUCACUUACUUUGGGCAGGUUAGUGUGGCAGCCGCUGCAGCCUUUACUAGUGGUGUUUGAACAUGCUCAGCUCCCUGCAGCACCUGUGAGGGUCUGGAAGGGUUGGGAUCAACAGCAACACCCUCAUUUUUGUUGUAAGGAACACGUGUUUCUUACUGCAGUGUUAAGUAAGGCAUUUACUUCAAGACUCCAUCAUUUGGAGUGCACAGGAAGCCUGGUUUUAGUUGUUGUUUAGUUGCCAGAAAGCAUCUUAAGUUCAACUUAAUGUUUAAGGUUAUUUUUCAUAUUGUUUUCCUAAAUGAGAUAUUUAAAUUCAGUGAUGUGAACAAAGGGAGAGCUUUUUAUUGCUGUGAGGAGUGGGCAGUGUGCUGGCAGGCAGUGUGUUGUCACCACGUACAGCUCCGUGGCAGCCGGGCAACACUUGUAGCGUGCCCUCACAGCAGGGUGGCGGAUUAGUUUAUCUUAGUGUUUUAUUUUAUUUCGAGAGAACAAUUUUUAAACAGUCCACCUGUGUGCCAGGAAUAAUUUAGUUGUGCACACUGAAUGAAGCAUUAAUAUAAGUGCAGCCUUCCCUUGGAAGAGUAAGAUAUUAUCUUUAUUUGUAAAGAAGUUUAAUUUUUCUGUUAUAAAUAAGGUUAUGAUUAUCUUUAUGGUGAGUGCAUCCAUUGUCUGCAUCUUAAAAAACUUGCCUUCCACACAUUAAGGAGAAUUGAGUUAAGAGUGUCAGAGUAAUUUAGUCACAGUAUUUUGGCUUAAUGUCCGGACCCCCUCCACGCUCCAGGCUUACUUUAUGAUUUCAUUCUCCUUCUACCGCACCCUUGCCAGUCAUGGUUCCUCAUUAGCACUUGUUAUUCCCUGCUUCUCCCUGGCACCCUCACCCUGGCCCUGAUGGCUGCCUGGAGGGUGUGGACAGACUCACCCUGUUGACUACAAGCAGACUGCAGCUUUAUAAACACAAAGAGGCACAGGAACGAGCCUUCAACAACAAGAAAAGAUUGUUUCUAAGAACUGAAUUACUGUCCGAGGUACAGGAACAUUUACAGGUUGUAUUUUUACUUAAUAAUACAGAGUGAAGGUGUUCUGUUCUGGUGGAGGUGUUUGUGGUGCAGUGCAGACCCACACAGCCACACAGACAAGUCAGUACUCAACUUUUAUUCAGAAGACUUCAUACUGUGAUACAAAAUGGUUUCCAGUGUUUUUACAGCAUAUUUUAAAGGAUCUUAAUAAUGUACCAUUACAACAGAAUACAUAAAUAACAAAUAUGAAGUAAAAUAAAUAAUUACAUGAUUGCG